CCCCGCCCCCAGCGCGGCCCGUAGUCAGGCUCCGAGGGGGGACGGACUCCACGGCGUCCGCGCGCCCCUCGGCCCCCGCGGUCUCCCGCUUCCUUCUCGCGCCCCAUCCUGCGCGUGUCCGGGCCGGGUCACGAGGAUAGACGCCCUGUCACUGCUUCUGGUGCCUCCCCGCGCCCAGACGCCGCCGCGCCAGGCACGAGCGCGCGGAGAUGCCCCGGCGCUCCAGCGCGCCCGCAGGCCGUGCCACCUGCUCGCCGGGGAAGGGGAGACGAGGAGGAGCCCCCGAGCCUUGACCCCAGCAUGCAGGCUUCCCCGUGCACCCUCCCCGGUGGCCUCAGUCUGGACGAUUUCAUUCCCCGCCACCUCCGGAACCGCACAGCGUCCUCCUCCGGGGGGACAAGGGUGCCCGUGAUCCGGAAUGGGGGCUCCAACACCCUUAAUUUCCAGUUCCACGACCCUGCGCCCAGGACCGUGUGCAAUGGGCAUUACCCCCCGAGGAGAGAAGCUCCCCGACACUCAGACUCUGCCUGGUACCAGACCUGGCCAGGCCCUGGGAGCCGGGCCCCGGGGAGUCAGAAGACCCCCAACCCCCAGCAUGCCCAGAACUGGUCAGCCACAUGGACCAAGGACAGCAAACGUCAGGACAAGCGCUGGGUCAAGUACGAGGGAAUCGGGCCGGUGGACGAGAGCGGCAUGCCCAUUGCCCCCCGAUCUAGCGUCGACAGCCCUAGGGACUGGUACCGGAGAAUGUUCCAGCAGAUUCAUCGGAAAAUGCCAGACCUGCAGCUGGAUUGGACUUUUGAGGAGGGACCCAAAGGUGAGGGGGUGCAGGCGGCCCGCCCCAGCUCUAUACCUGCCUCCCCUCCUCCUCCUCCUCCCCACGGCCAUGCCAGGCUUUGGGGCUACCCAGCUGCCUCCUGCAGUGUGGCCUCCGCGGACCUCAGGCAUCACGGACUCCAGCAGAAACCCGCCUGCAGGCCAGGCCCGGUCCCCCUGAGCGGAAAAAGCUGGGACUCCUCUGAAGAUUUUCCACAAAGCACCUUCAACUCUAAGUCUGGAGUGUCCCCGUCUCUGCUCCAGCCCCCGGCCCAGGCGCCCAGAGGCCGAGACAAGGCGGACAGCAUCUGGACAGAAGAUUCCUGGAACCAGUUUCUGCAAGAGCUAGAAACAGGGCAGAAGCCCAAGAAACCUCUGGUGGACGAUGCUGUUGAGAAGCCCCCCCAGCCCAUCGAGGUCCUGCUGGAGCGGGAGCUCGCCAAGCUGAGCGCCGAGCUGGACAAGGACCUGCGGGCCAUUGAGACCCGGCUGCCGUCCCCCAGGGUUCAAAGCGCGCGGGCGCCCCGACGGCCCCGGGAGCAGCGGGAGCAGCGGGAGCCGCGGCCCGCGGCCCGCCCGGCCUCAGCCUGGAGCUCCAGCGCCCCGAAUGCACUUUACCAGGGCUCCUCCCGGCCCCUGAGCCCCCACAGAAUGGCGGAAACGGGGAGCCCCUUCCUGGGCCGGAGAGACUUUGUCUACCCCUCCUCAGCCCGAGACCCGGGGGCCACCGACCGAGGGCGCAGCCCUGCCAGGAAGGAGGAGAAGAGGCGGGCCGCCAGGCUCAAGUUUGACUUCCAGGCACUGUCCCCCAAGGAGCUGACUUUAAAGAAGGGUGACAUUGUCUACAUCCACAAGGAGGUGGAUAGGAACUGGCUGGAGGGGGAACAUCAUGGCCGGCUGGGCAUCUUCCCUGCCAACUAUGUGGAGAUGCUGCCGGCUGGCGAGGUCCCCAAGCCCAUCAAGCCCCCCACCUACCAGUUGCUGGAGUAUGGAGAGGCCGUGGCCCAGUACAACUUCAAGGGGGACCUAGACGUGGAGCUGUCCUUCCGCAAGGGUGAGCGCAUCUGCCUGACGCGGAAGGUGAACGAGAACUGGUACGAGGGCCGCAUCUCGGGCACCAGCCGCCAGGGCAUCUUCCCCGCCAGCUACGUGCAGGUGAACCGCGAGCCGCGGCUCCGGCUGUGUGACGACGGCCCCCAGCUGCCCGUGUCCCCCGUCCCUGCCUCCGCCCGCGGGGCCCGGCACCCUGGCUCCCCCGUAACGCCGCACACUCCAGUCGACCCCACGGACUGGGGGGGCCGGACCUCCCCCCGCCGCACCGGCUUCUCCUUCCCUCCACACGACCUUCGGUCCCAGACCCAGGUGCCCCAGAGUCUCAGCACCCCGGCCUCCGCCGUGACCCAGCCUGGAGGCUCCACCCGGCCCCUGGACCUGGGAACAUCCCCGCCCAGCACCACGCAGAUACACUGGACCCCGUACCGGGCCAUGUACCAGUACAGGCCCCAGAACGAGGACGAGCUGGAGCUGCGCGAGGGCGACCGGGUUGACGUCAUGCAGCAGUGUGACGACGGCUGGUUCGUGGGGGUCUCCCGGAGGACCCAGAAGUUUGGGACAUUCCCUGGAAACUACGUGGCCCCCGUCUGAGCCGUCUCUGUGGCAGCCCAGAGCCCAGCCAGGAUGGGGUGGGGGAGGAGCAGCACUUCUGGGAGGGCGAGAGCCCCCCUCCGGCCCCUCCCUCCCCAGGACCGAGCUGCUGGCAUCUACAAACAACCCCAGCAACGUUGCCCCGAGCCCCGGGACUGAUUCUCACCCACAGCUCACAAGCAUUCCUCUGACAGUCCUUUUAUUUCCUCCCCUACCCGGCGCCCCAAAUACAGAGGUCUGCUUUGAAGUGGAGACAGUUUCCAGGCCUUAUUGAGACCAGACCCCUGCGUCCCCAGCCCACCCUGCUCUGGCGUUUCCUCUAACAGGGACCGGCUCCCAGCUUCACCCCCAUGGGGUUCCUCUAACAAGAACCAGCUUCCUAACCUCACAGACCAAAGGCCGCCUGUGCUGCGGGGUCCCCCCUUUCUCGCCAGCUCACCUCUGCCUCCUUGCCUGCCCGUUGCGACUGGCCUGGGGGUGCAGUGGGGGCUGGAGGUGCACUUGGUGCCUUCUUAGCCUGGAGGCAGAGCCCUGCUUCCCCGAGGCUGCCCACCUGGGCCAGGGCCCAGGGAGUGCCCAGGGAAGGGGCGCCGGGAGGACUGGCCUCUCCAGAGGUUUGCAGGUGCCACCCGCCCACCGCCCCAGCUCUCCGCAGGCGCCGAAGCAACUCUGGAGGGGAUUGUGAAAUAAAUUUGGACAGCAGGA